AUGGCUCGCUCAAAGGACGAAUCGGCGCACGCGAAGACGCCUUCCAGCAAAACCAGCAAGAAAAAGCACGUCGAUGCGUCCGCACCCACUCGCCAUCGCCGCCCGUCAUAUUCCUCGCUGUCCUUCGCAGCCGGCGACCCGCCGCCAUCGCAACGCGCCCAGCCCACUACGCCUUCGCACUUCGCGCAGCAGAAGCAGCAACAGCCUGUGACCUCCCGAACGCCCAAGCCCACUUCAACAUCGCCUCCGUUCACCGUCAAUGCCAUCGAAGUGUCGGAACUCUCGCCAAUGCUUCAGGCAUCUCUGCACAAACCGAGCGUGAUGAAGUACGCUCGAGAUCAGUUGCAGAAGCGUGGUGGCAUGCUGAAAGGCAAGGCUGUGGCAAAGUACUUGGAUGAUGUGCGCGCUCACGCGAAGGGGAAGGGAUUGCCAGACACCGUAACUGACGAGUGCGUGAGGGAGGCUAAGGCCGCUGUCCCGGGGCCAGGGAAAAAGACUCAGAACAAGAAUAAGAAGGAUUCACAAGAAAUUGACGCCAGCGCAGAAGCUGAGGGAUCCAAAAUUACCACAUUCCUACCUGCUCAAAAAGAGAACCUCGAAAACCGACACUACUUCAACUUCCGGUACGUCGACUAA